AUGAGUCAAAGUAUUGGUCAAAAUUUCGAAUAUAUUGGUGCUCAUAUCAAAGAUUAUAUUAAAGAUAAUACUCCGUUUAACACAUUCGAGAUCGAAGACAUCAAAAGAAUCAUGAAAUACUCUUCAUUUAGUUGUGAAGAUUUCAACACUCUUCUUGAAGAAUCACAUUCACAUGUUUCAUCAAACAGAUUGUACAGAUGCACUCGAAAUGCUAAUAUUUCAAUCAAGAACAUCGACGAAGCCAUUUCAACACUUAAAACAGUUCAAAAAUACAUGAAACUUGGACUCUUAAGAAGUAUUAUUGACAUAUUCUAUCAAAUCCAGAAUGAUCAAUCCGAAUCAACAAAUAAAAUCUCAAAACAUCAAACAAAGUUAAAUCAAAUUCAAAACGAAAAAGAAAAUCUUUCUAAAGAAGUAGAAUCUCUUCAAUCAGAAAUCAAAAUAUUAAAAGUAAACGAUUUACCAAAUGAAUUCAUCUCCAAAAUUUCAAAACUUAAAAAUUCCGAAGAAUUUUAUGAAAUCUACAACUUCUUUGUUGAAAUUUCAGAAAACGGAAGUCAACAAAUGAUGUCUAAAGCAUUCGAAGAAGGACUUUGGCAAAAACAAAAUGAGAAUUACCCCUAUGGAAAUGUUCUUCAUGAAGCAUCAUAUCAAGGAAAUCUUCAACUUGUUAAAUCUCUUAUUGAAAGUGGAUGUGACAAAGAAAUAACUAAUAAUUAUCAAUGUACUGCUCUCCACUGGGCAUCAUUAAAUGGUAAACUUGAAGUUGUUCAAUAUCUUAUCUCAGUUGGAGCUAAUAAAGAAGCAAAGAAUAAUUAUGGAUGGACUCCACUCAUUGCUUCAUCAUUAAGUGGUAAACUUGAAGUUGUUCAAUAUCUUAUCUCAGUUGGAGCUAAUAAAGAUGCAAAGAAUAGUGAUGGAGAAACUCCACUCAUUUUGGCAUCAUCUAAAGGUCAUCUUGAAGUUGUUCAAUAUCUUAUCUCAGUUGGCGCUAAUAAAGAAGCAAAGAAUAAUGAUGGACAAACAGCACUAUCAGUUUCAAAAGAUAAAGUUAGAGAAUAUUUAUUAUCUGUUGAAUAA